UAUGCAAACUAUUCAUACACCAGCUAAAAAUAUGUGUAUGGCCGCUUACGAAAUACACUUAAUGUUGAUAAGCUAAUAUGUGUAUAAGAGAGGUCUGGGUUUUCCGAUUUUCUAUAUUAUAGAUACGACUGCUUUCAAAUUACAUACAAGUUACAAUUCACUCGAGCGUGACUUAAAAUGUUAGCUAAGUAAGGAAGUAGGUUAGGUACAUUUUACUUUUCACUAAAUACUGUUAGUAAUGACAACAUUUUCUUUUAUCUAUUUCAUGUCACUACCUUACUCAUAUUUUCCAUAAUAACAAACAACAAGCAUUAAGUUGCCCUGAAGUACAUAAGAUUUGAAAUCUCUUUCUUACUAUUUUAUCUACGAAAUUGUUGCUGGAGAACAAAACGAUGUCUCACUAUUCGAUCUGCUUAAUUAUACUGUAUAUUUUACAUGGUAUCCUACAAGUAUCGUGCUAUAGCAAUGGACAUAAUUUAAGAACAAAAUCAAUAUCAGCAGGUGGAAAAUGUCUAAAAAAUGAUAGCUGUUCAUGUACUUUCGAAAAUGGUACAGAAAUUAAUCUACAUUUUCUUGAUACUAAACCAAGACCAAGAUUCACGAUUGAUUCAGAAUUUCAAAAGUAUUCUUGGAAUCCCUGUACAGGUUAUACAGUCGGUGAUACAAAAGAUGUUGCAAUGGCUAUGUCGGAUAUCGUUCUUGGUCUCCAAGCAAACGCUUCGUUUCGUACAUUCGAAACUAAUGACUUUGGUAUAUUCUAUAGUAGUUAUGCUGUAGUCAUACUAAAUUGUAGUGAUAAUAUGCGUAUAAAUUUCAAGUUGAAAGACAAUUGCCCUCAAGGUAUGAUUCUGUGCUUUGAAUAUUCAGGACCAUGUCAUAUAAAAACACCACAUGUGCCUGUUGAACCAAAAAAGCUUUCUACUGGAAGUAUAAUCUCAAUCGUUACAUUUUCAAUUAUAAUUGUAUACCUUGUGGGAGGUUGCCUGGUCACUUCGUUUUACCUAAACUCGACUGGAAUGGAACGAUGCCCGAAUGUUACACUUUGGAGCAAAUUGGGUUCUCUUAUAAAGGUUCGGAACCCAAGGUUGAACAACGAAUUGAAAUACAAAGUUUAUAACAUUCCAAGGUUCGAAACUCAAGGUUUAACACCGAAUUGAUAGACAGAUUUUAUGAAGUCACGGUUCGAAAUCUACUGUCGAAAUCCAAAGUUUGAAAACCGAAUGUUUACAAAACUGGAAAUCUGGAUUUUAUGAAACCCAAAAUUUUUGGAAAGCUACUUUUGAAAAACCAAGAUAUGGAGUCAGAACUUCUGAACUGUGUAUAUAUGUUACCCUUGUAACUUUUGACUGCACGUUUGGUGUAGCCUUGGCUGUUUGUAUAUAUAUUUGUUGUAAGCUGUUUUUAUGUUGAUGAUUAAUAAUAGUUUUAUAAA